AUGGCACAUUUUGAUGAUGAAGACUUCGCCGCAGUCGAAACUGGUGCAUCUAUGUCGGAACCGAAGCAGUGCAGUGCUCUGCGCACUAAUGGCUUCGUGGUCAUAAAAGGCCGACCAUGCCAGAUUACGAGCAUGUCGACAUCGAAGACUGGAAAACACGGUGCUGCCAAAGUGCACUUGGUUGGUGUCGACAUUUUUACGGGGAAGAAGUUUGAAGAGCAAAAUUCGUCCACUUCGACCAUGAUGGUGCCUUCAAUUACACGCAAGGAAUAUCAGCUCUUGGAUAUCAAGGAUGAUUUCCUUUCCCUAAUGGGGGAUGACUUGUCAGUCAGGGAAAACAUCAAAGUCCCUGAGGGGGAUGUGGGUAACGAACUUCGUGAAAAAUGGGAGAGCAAAAAUGACGACGAUAUGAUUUAUGUCUCAGUCGUCUCUGCUAUGGGAGAGGAGCACGCCCUCCGUUUUCGUGUUUGCCAACCCUGA